UCGCGCGAUCCUCGUGCAAAGGCUCGGAAGACGUCGUUAUGUCACAUACACUAACGCCCACAGUUGCGAACGCGUGGACGCGGGACGUAUUAAAUAACCCGUUGUGAAAGCUUUGCCAAACUGGAUUGGAGGCUCGGGUUCAGUCCCUCUCGGGGUCUCGAUUACAUUUUCUUGUGUGGGAACGCCGUGGAGGAGUCGUGUUUGUAUACCUGCUCAUCAUGAAGUUUGAGGACAUCAUCUCUGACAUCGGAGGAUUCGGGAGGUUCCAGAAGAUGAUCGUGAUCAUCAGCUUCAUUAGCCGCUUCACGCUGCCCUGCCACUUCUUGCUCAACAGCUUCAUCGCGUCCGUUCCUGCGCACCGCUGCCACGUCGCCGCCCGAGACGACGGGGGGAUCUUUGGCAAUUUGUCCCUGGCAGACCAGCUUACCGUCAGCAUCCCGCUGGAGGAAGACGGCACCCGCAGCUCGUGUCGGAUGUAUGCCGAGCCUCAAUAUCAUCUGCUGCUCAACUCGUCCGAAGAAAUUCAGGUGCCCACUUUGCGCUGUCAGGAUGGAUGGGUGUAUGAUAACACCACCUUCAAGUCCACUCUGGCCACCGAGUGGGACCUGGUGUGUGAUCAAAGAAGCAGAAGUCAAGCCACUGCCACCAUCUUCUUUGUUGGCGUGAUGUUUGGAGCCGUCACCUUUGGAAGUCUGAGCGACAGGUUUGGUCGGAGGAUCAUGCUGCUGACAUCCUAUCUCUCCGGAAUGCUGUUUGCUCUCAGCAGUGCUUUCGCCACGUCCUUCCUGAUGUUCGCAGUGCUGAGAUUCCUUACCGGCUUUUGCAUGACUGGCAUAGCCAUCGUCUCUGUGGUUCUCUGUACAGUAAUUCUAGAUACUCUAAUGGCAUUUAGUUUUCACCUCAACCUCUAUUUGAAGUCUUGUUACAUUCAUUCAUCCCGCAUCUGUGUGCCUGUGUGCCCUUGUCAUCUUCAUCCAGGUGUGGAGUGGGUGGACGUACAGCACAGAAAGAUGGUUGGAAUCAUUGAAAGCUUUUCCUGGACAUUUGGGAGCAUUUUCUUCGUACCCAUUGCUUACCUUGUGACAGACUGGAGGUGGCUGAUCGUUAGCGUUACCUUGCCUGUCCUCUUGGGCAUCUUUACAUGGAGGUGGAUGCCAGAGUCAGCUCGAUGGCUCAUUGCCAACGGAAAGAUGGAGGAAGCUCACAUGUAUCUCGUCAAAUGUGCCAAAAUGAACGGAACUGAGGCCUUCUGUCAAAGACUUCAACCCGAGACUUUGUCCUCCAUCGUGGUGUCAGAGAAGAAAGACAGAGUGUAUUCCUACUUGGACCUGAUGAGAACACCUAAAAUGAGAAGACUGUGCUUAUGCACCGGUUCGCUUUGGCUCAGCGUGGCAAUCGCAUUCUACGGCAUCACCUUCAACAUCAGCGGCUUUGGCCUCAACAUCUACCUCACUCAAUUGCUCUACUCUUCAGCUGAAGUGCCGGGCAAAUUGUCCAUUUUCUUCUUACUAGACAGGAUUGGCAGGAAGCCCACGCAGGUGGGAAUGCUGACGAUGCUCGCAGUCUUUCUGGGAAUCAACCUGGUGGUGCCAAAAGAUAUGUCGACCUUGAGAACAGUGGUUGCAAUCGUAGGAAAAGGCUUUGCUGCAGCAUCGUUUGGAACCAUUGUGCUCUACUCGUCUGAGCUGUUUCCCACUGUUAUCAGACAAAACGGGAUGGGCUACAACUCCUUCAUGGCCCGAAUCGGUGUGGCCCUCGCUCCUCUGAUCCUUUUACUGGACGGUGUGUGGAAGACGCUCCCCCAGCUCGUCUUGUUCUCCUCGGCUGUCGUGGCCGCAAGUGUGGCAACGCAGCUGUCAGAAACACGUGACCGUUGCCUGCCGGAGACCAUUGAGGAUGUCGAGGGGAGGCAAUAGGCUCCAAGAUCAUUACCGCUGGGAGUUUUAUCUGUAACGUUACCUCUGAUUAGAAUUUCAUCAAAGCUGUGAAGCUGGACCAACAGGACUAAGUACAGUACCGCUCGUUUUACUUUCAGGGAUAAAUAUGUGUGCAACGGCAAAUAACGGCGAACAAAUGUGAGAUUUUGGUUGUUGUUUUGUUUUUCUACUGCUGGGGGCUAUUUUCAGCCCAAUAUCCUUACCUGUGCCUUUGGUAGUUACGAGUAGUGGACACCAACCUUCUUGCAACUGAGAUGUACUUCUUGGGUAAUGAUUUAUUUGGGGGUAAAUCAUCCCCUCGUCGUUUUUUUUUCGCCUUCUGUUAGCUUUUCUCCACAUGCUUGAAUUUGGUCAUUCAUUUUGCUGAUCAUUGACCCAUACUAUCCCCACCCUCACCCCUCAAAUAUUCUUUCCAAAUUUACAUCAGUGGAAGUUUGAUUUAAAUUGAAAGCUGAGAUACAUUUUACGAGUGAGAGGAGCACCUUCAGAUAAUUGACACGUCAUGACAAACGCGCGGUGCAAAUCUUCGAAGCUUGUGAAGUUAGGCCUCUCUGGCGCAUGUUUAUUAGCACCCUCUACUGGUAAAAAAAGGUCAUACAACAGUUUAUAGAAUAUUACUUUCAUAGCCAACUAGCUGAAAAAAAUCUACUUAAAGGGAUGUUUUAUAUAUGUACGCCAUUUGCAGCAGUAAAAAAAGUUAGGAUUUGUUUCUAUAAUUAACUUGAUAACCAUUUUUUUUCAUGUACAUUUAAUGUGGUUUAAAAUGGUUGGGUGGGCUGUGUGGACAUGAGUGAUUUCUUGAUAAACAGACUCAAUUAGUGGUUCAUGUAUUUCACUCCUUUACAUCACAGCAUUCAAAACUACUUUGUAACUAUAAACUGUUUUUUUCUGUAUUUUUGUAACUGGUGUUGCCAAUGUUUUGAAGAUGAAAAACACUCAGGUUUCUUGGGAUGUAAAUGGAUUAUUUAAUUUACAAAUUAAUCAUCAAAAGUAAAGCAAAAUACAUUUAAGACUUAAAAAAUAGCAAUACUACGAAAUAGCAGGAAGGCAGGGGCAAGCUGCUGGAAAGCAGGCCUCAUAAAGCCACACCUGUACACAGUUAGCAAUCGGCUGCUUUCCAAACUCUCUUCCGUGCCACACAAUUUUUGCAUUAAUGGUUGCUCCACAUGUGUUUCUGCUCCUAACUUGUUCUCCAGCCUUCCUGCUUCCAAUUUAGUCCCUGCUUUGUACUGAUCUUUUCAUUUUGCCUCGUUUAUAAGAAGGGAUUUUCCAAAAAUGUUUUUUUUCCUCAAAUAAACUUAACUAAACAAUUCUG